CCCCUCCCCGGGAGCCCGGAGUGACCCCGGCCCCAGCCCGCUGCCUUGGGAUCUGAGCUCCUGGUAAACACGUUGGCCUGGUAAAGGACAUGAUUCAGACUGUCCCCGAUCCAGCAGCUCACAUCAAGGAAGCGUUAUCGGUGGUGAGCGAAGACCAGUCCCUGUUCGAGUGUGCCUACGGAUCACCCCACCUCACCAAGACAGAGAUGACAGCCUCCUCCUCCAGUGAAUAUGGGCAGACCUCCAAGAUGAGCCCACGUGUCCCCCAGCAGGACUGGUUGUCACAGCCCCCAGCCAGAGUCACCAUCAAGAUGGAGUGUAACCCCAACCAGGUUAACGGGUCAAGGAAUUCUCCAGAUGACUGCAGCGUGGCAAAAGGAGGGAAGAUGGUCAGCAGCUCAGACAGUGUUGGGAUGAACUAUGGAAGCUACAUGGAGGAGAAGCACGUUCCACCCCCAAACAUGACGACCAACGAACGAAGAGUCAUUGUGCCAGCAGACCCCACGCUGUGGAGCACUGACCACGUGCGCCAGUGGCUGGAGUGGGCGGUGAAGGAGUACGGGCUGCCCGACGUGGACAUCCUGCUCUUCCAGAACAUCGAUGGCAAGGAGCUCUGCAAAAUGACCAAGGAUGACUUCCAGAGGCUCACCCCCAGCUACAAUGCAGACAUCCUCCUGUCACACCUACACUACCUCAGAGAGACUCCUCUUCCACAUUUGACUUCAGAUGAUGUUGAUAAGGCCUUACAAAACUCUCCACGGUUAAUGCAUGCUAGAAACACAGGAGGUGCCACUUUUAUUUUCCCAAACACAUCAGUUUAUCCAGAAGCAACACAAAGAAUUGCAACCAGGCCAGAUUUGCCUUAUGAGCAAGCCAGGAGAUCAGCAUGGACGAGUCACAGCCACCCCAGCCCUCAGUCAAAAGCUACUCAGCCAUCAUCCUCAACAGUUCCCAAAACAGAAGACCAGCGUCCUCAGUUAGAUCCAUAUCAGAUUCUGGGACCGACCAGCAGCCGACUUGCAAAUCCAGGCAGCGGGCAGAUCCAGCUGUGGCAGUUCCUGCUGGAGCUGCUGUCGGACAGCUCCAACUCCAACUGCAUCACCUGGGAGGGCACCAACGGCGAGUUCAAGAUGACGGACCCCGACGAGGUGGCGCGGCGCUGGGGCGAGCGCAAGAGCAAGCCCAACAUGAACUACGACAAGCUCAGCCGCGCCCUGCGCUACUACUACGACAAGAACAUCAUGACCAAGGUGCACGGCAAGCGCUACGCCUACAAAUUCGACUUCCACGGCAUCGCCCAGGCCCUGCAGCCUCACCCCCCGGAGUCGUCCAUGUACAAGUACCCCUCGGAGCUGCCCUACAUGAGCUCGUACCACGCGCACCCGCAGAAGAUGAACUUUGUGGCUCCCCACCCCCCUGCCUUGCCCGUGACGUCCUCCAGCUUUUUUGCUGCCCCCAAUCCGUACUGGAAUUCGCCGACUGGAGGGAUCUACCCCAACACCAGGCUGCCAGCUGCUCAUAUGCCUUCUCAUCUUGGCACCUACUACUAAGUGGGGUGGGGGAGAUGCCAGGCAAAGCAAAGGAGCUUCUCACUGGGGUUGGGUCCCCAAGGAGUCGCAAUGAACUCUGUUGGAGUACUCGAAUUAAAAGUGCCUAAAGAGACAAGUGAGGGUUUGGCUGGGGGCAAAAAAAAAAAAAACAACCCCAAAACCACAUUAAAAAUAGAUGUCAAAAAGACUUUUUUGUAGUAGGGAUUUAAAGGAAAUAUCCAAGAAGUAUUAAGAUACUAAAAUGUAAUGUAUAUGGGCAUCAACUCUGUGGACCAAACAACAAUAGACUUGUAGGUAGAAGCAUGAAAUGAUAAGGAAAACCUACGGAAGCUGGUGGUCUUAAAACGUUGAUAAGCUUGUGUGUAAAGUUUGAUAUCAUGCUAGUGCAAAACUGGGACUAUACUACAGCAAUAUAAGGAUAAGUCUAUAGUGACCUAACAUACAGUAUAUGGAUCGUUACAAAAGAGAGGGAAAAGGGAAAAAAAAAGAAAAAAUAAGCCUAUCUGUAUUUAAAAAACAGAAACAUAUCAGCAGAAGAGACUGGUUAGUGUGGAAGCUGAUUUGGAAUAGAACAGCAGUGUUGUGGUUAAAGUCAAACGAGAUCCAUUCAUCAGAGCGAAUCAGCUACUCAAACUGUGAAGACAACCCAAACUUUCAGAUUCCUUGACAGUUUUACAGGAACCCUGAGCCAAACGUGGGAAAUGAGAAUGUGCUGGAGGGCAAGUGUAUGGUUGCAGAUCAGAGGCCUGCACCUGACAGAGGAAGCAGGAAGGAGAAGGAAGAGGAAGAAGGUGGUGAGAAGGGGAGGAAAGAAACUUCUUGACCAGUAGAGACUGAAAAGACUGAAAACUUUGUAGUGUUGGGACUAUGAAGAAACACUUGUUUGGACUUGUGAAACAUAUUGCUCAGUAUUAUACCAUUCCCAGUAUUUCAGGAGGAACAGACUUGAUUCAGUAGUAAUAAAAAGUGGGAAAAGGGAAAGGGCAGAAGGAGUGAGAAAUCAGAAUAUGCAUCUCUUUUUUUUUUUUUUUUUUUUUUUUUUUUUUUUUUUUUUUUUUUGAAAAAAAACACAAAAGCAAAACUGGAAUUGUGUCUGAUAUUUAAAAAUUACCAGUUGGAACCUCAUCAUUACUAAGGGAGUUUGUUUUCUAUUGGUUAGAGCAAGAGACAACCCCUGACUGCCAGAAUCAGAAAUCACCUGAGUAUUUUUGUUAGGCAGGCGCCAGUUUUUCUUACCGAGUCGCGAACGCUGUGCGUUUGUCAGAAUGAAGUAUACAAGUUCAAUGUUAUUUUUUUUUCCUUUUUAUAUAAUUAUUAUAUAACUUAUGCAUUUAUACACUACGAGUUGAUCUCGGCCAACCAAAGACACACACACACACACACACAAAACAAACAAACAAACAAACAAAAAAGGGACAAUCCAAAAAAAACUAUUGUGGCCUUGAAUUUUAACUCUGUAUGCUUAAUGUUUACAUUAUGAACAUAUUAGUCCUUAGAUUGCAGAAUGUAUGUAAUAAAAUAAGCUUGGCCUAGCAUGGCAAUUUCAGAUUGA